ACACGGUCGUUUGAUUUAUGAUAUUACUAGACUAUGUGUAAUUGUCAAAAGCAUCUUAAGGACAUGAGUUAUUUGCUAAUAUUCAUAAAUGCUAUCGUUGUAGCUUUGAUGGCUAUGUACGUGUAUGAAAAUGAAAGAAAAAUGGAGAAAAUGUCGACUAAGCAAGAUCUAACAGAAAAGGAGAUCGGUGAAUUAAAGACAGAAGCUAAGAGGAAAGAGGACCAAAUCAAUGAGUUUUUAUCAAAAGCAGAGACAGAAAAACUAACCCAAAUUGAAAAUCAACAGAUCGAAGGAACAAAAAAACUAACUGAAAUAGAAAAUCAACAAAUCGCUGGGACAAGAAAACUUACUGAAAUAGAAAAUCUACUGAUCGCAGGUACAACAAAACUAACUGAAAUAGAAAAUCUACUGAUCGCAGGAGCCAAAAAAAAUACUGAAGUGGAAAAUAUACUUCUCCAGUCAAAUGAAAAAGGUCACAAUAUCAGCCCCGCGUUCCAUGCGUCUAUGGUGAGGCAUCCUUAUACCUUCUCAGAUCCAAAUGAGAUUCUAAGAUUUGAGCAUGUGUGGACAAAUAUUGGUGACGGUUAUCAUUCGGAUACGGGUGUGUUUGUUGUACCAAGAGAUGGACUCUACCAGAUAAUGGGUACACUUUGGUCUACUGAUGGGAAACAAUGUGCCGCGAAUCUCUAUAAGAAUGAUUCAAGGCUGAAUUAUGGUUAUGCUGGUGCAGAACACGCUCGGAGUAAUACUGUGCAUGCGCUUGUUAUAUUGAAGAAAGACGACAAAAUUUAUUUUAAAAACAGAGAGAGUACGAGCUUUCAAUGUCAUGGAAAUUACCACUCUGAAUUUUCUGGAUGGUUUGUUCAUAAAUAAUUUGAUUCAGUGAUUAAACAUUUCUCAUUUUCCUACAAAGAAAUG